AUGAACCGGCCGCCGCAUAGCCUCAGGACGGGCAUCUUCGACGCCGAGUUCCUGGGCGACAUGGUCGUGUACGGCGUCUGGAUCGCGGUGCUGUGCUUCGCCAGGUUCAUGCUCGUGGUAUACCGCUUAGGCGGCGGCGACCUGGGCGAGGGCUGCAACGAGAGCUGCCCGGACAGCUGCCGCGUUUGGGCGGUGGACAUCUGGCGCGACCGGUUCCUGUCCUGGGCCAUCAUGGUGGGCUUCAUCACCAUGUUCCCCAUCAUCUACAUCCCGGGGCUCAACACUGUCGUCUCCAAGCACGUCGGCAUCUCGUGUAAGUGGGGCAUCGUCCUCGUGUGCGCGGCGCUGUUCUUCGCCGCCGUCGUCGAGGCCUGGAAGUGGGCCAAGAGGGUCAUACUCCGCCGCCGUCGCCCGGAAGGACAUGAAUGUCAAGCAGCACACUUUUUUCGAUUAACCCAGCUUCUCGUCCGAUGA